AUGAGCGCAACAAAGGCGCAAUCACAGAAGAUCUUCGAGAAACUGAAAGCCAAACCAGCCAACAAGAUAUGUUUCGACUGUGGCCAGAAGAACCCGACCUGGUCUUCCGUGCCCUUUGGCGUCUACCUCUGUCUCGACUGCUCUUCCAAUCAUAGAAAUCUUGGUGUCCACAUCUCCUUUGUCAGAUCGACCAAUUUGGAUGUCUGGCAAUGGAGUCAACUGCGCACAAUGAAAGUUGGGGGCAACGAGUCUGCCACGAAAUUCUUCCAAUCUCACGGUGGCAGUGCGGCGCUCGCGAGCAAGGAUGCCAAGGUCAAAUAUACCUCCAAUGCUGCGAACAAAUACAAGGAAGAACUCAAGCGUAGGGCUGAAAGAGACUCUCAAGAGUAUCCAGACGAAGUAGUCAUCACCGACGACCCCCUCUCCACCCCUGGCGCCGAAGGCACAUCCACGCCCGCCGGUGAACCCGCAGACGACUUCUUCUCUUCCUGGGACAAGCCCACCAUCAAGCGGCCUAGCAAUCCGCCAUCGAGAAGUGGCACACCUCCUGUGAUCUCACGUACCGCCUCCCCCUUCCUCUCGGCCGGCAAUGCUACAAAUGGCUCCCAAACACGCCCGAAAUCUCCUUCACCUUUAGCUGCAAACACAGCCAAUGACGCCGAGGCCGCUCUUCCCGCUCCCGCCGCCAUACGUACGACGUCUUCUUCCGCAAUCCGCAAAGGUCCGAAUGCUGCUGGAGGUGCAGGUGCCAGACGCGCGAACGUCCUCAGUGGGAAGAAACCAGCCCAUAAACUUGGCGCCAAAAAGGUCGUGGGGGAAGAAAUCGAUUUCGAGGCGGCUGAAAAGGCGGCAAAAGCCGAGGCGGAGAGGAUAGAGAAGUUAGGCUACGACCCUGCAGCAGAGAAGGCGGAGGAACUUGCAAAGGCCAGCAAACCCUCCAGUUUCGGGGCUUCUCCCGCUGCGACGCCGAAGGAGACGCCGACGCCUAUCAAUACCGCGUCGAGGACGGUCUCAAACCCGGCCCACGCGCGAAGUCCGAGUGAGCUUGAGAGACUGGGAAUGGGUGUCGGUCGAUUGGGUUUCGGACAGGUCGGUCCGAGCAAAGGUGCGGCGAGCUCAAGCGCUCCAGCACCAAAGAAACUGGGAUUUGGUGCUGUUGGGCCCAGCAAGACCUCUGCGGCAGAUGAUGAGGAAGAACAAUACGCGCGCAACAAAUUCGGCACUCAAAAAUCCAUCUCCUCCGACGAGUUCUUUGGGAGAAACAGCUACGACCCGCAGGCCCAAGCCGAGGCGAAAUCGCGCCUGCAGACCUUCGAGGGCGCCACAUCCAUCAGCUCCAACGCGUACUUUGGACGUCCCGAGGACGAUCCCACGGGUCUCGAGGGCGGCGACGGCUCGUACGGUGACAUGGAGACGGUGGCCAAGGACUUUAUCCGGAAACUGGGCCUGACCGCCGGAGACGACCUGGAGAAUUUGAUCAACGUGGCCGGUGAGGGCGGGAGGCGGUUGAGGGGUGCGGUGGCGAGGUAUUUGAAUAGUUGA